AUGGCAAACAUGUUGAAAGUAGCACCUGCUUUGGUUACUGAGCUGGAAAAACGCGUGGGAAUGCAGUUCGAACAGGCUACAUUGGCAGAUCUUCUUAUUCCUUCUUACAAUAAAAAACAAACAGAUAUUUCAAGUCCAAGCCAACAAUCUUUCCCUGGAAAACACUAUGAUGACAUUCAAAGGGGUACAGGCCCCAAUGCUAAGAUGAGGGUAGCUAGGCUUGUCGAUAGUUAUCUCACCGAGGUAUCCAGAGAUAGAAGCCUCACCCUAACAAAGUUUCAGGUGCUGGCAGAAGCUUUGCCUGAUUCUGCAAGGAUCUGUGAUGAUGGACUUUAUAGGGCAAUUGAUUCCUAUCUUAAGAAAUUACCUUUUCUUAUGCAUGAACGUUUUGAAUACCAAUUGAAGGUGGAAAACAAAGAGAAAUUAAUCACUCACAAGAAGUUUGCAUACAAUGGAGGUCCUAUGCAGUAA